AUGGCGCCCCUAUGCGUCCCACCCCUUGGCGUGCAGCGACCUGAGGCCCCCAAGAAUACUGGUGUACCGCAAGACGCUAGCGAGAAGCUGAUCACUCCGCCCACAGAUGAUCUCCAGGCGCAGAGGAAGCGGCUGAUGAUCGUCCUGCUGGCCGUCGCUUCACUCGUUGUCACCUUGCUCAUAACCGCUCUUCUGCUGGCGCUGUUCAGGGAAGUCACCUAUCAAGGCAUAUUCUCCACGCCCCCUGAUAUCGCGACUCCCAUGAAAAUCUUGGUGUUCUGUGUGAUAUUCGCCACACCUCAUGGGGUACCGGCGGACAGAGUUUCAAGGUCGCCACACAUCAUUUUCAUUAUGGCAGACGACCUUGGUUGGAACGACGUGAGUUUUCAUGGUUCACGGCAGAUCCCGACGCCGAACAUAGACGCGCUGGCCGCGAUGGGCGUCAUUUUGCAACGACACUACACGGCCACACUGUGCACGCCUUCCCGUUCCGCGUUGUUUACGUCAAUGAACCCGGCACGAAGCGGUGUGGGCUAUGGCGUGCUCGUGCCAGCCGCCAAGGCCGCCGUUCCGUUGGAGUUCGAGUUCCUGCCACAGCGAUUUAAGCGCCUCGGAUACAGAACUCAUAUGGUGGGAAAGUGGCAUCUGGGAUACAAGAGCGUCGAGUACACGCCAACAUGGCGCGGCUUCGACACGUUCUUCGGCUACUACAAUGGCGAAAUAUUCUAUUUUAAUUACACUGACGUAGAUACAGAAGGCCAUUGCGGCUUGGAUCUCUGGCGCAACGUUGGUCAUUCAACGCAAGCUGUCACCGGUCUUAAGGGCACGUACUCGACGCAAGCCUUCACAGAAGAAGCAAAACGCAUUAUUGCCGACCACAAUACUGAAGAGCCUCUAUUUCUUUACCUGAGCUACCAAGCAGUUCAUUCCUCCAGCGUGGGUAACAAGCCCGAGGCACCACAAGAGGUCGUGGAUAAAUACGCGUACAUCGCAGCCCAGAACCGCAGCGUCUUUGCAGGCGCACUCGACGUUCUUGACCGCUCCGUGGGUGAAGUUUUAUCGGCGCUUCAGUCACGUGGUAUGCUUGCCGACAGCGUGGUGGUGUUCACUAGUGAUAAUGGUGCUGGGCCCCUCGAGGCGUCAGAAAAUCCCAACGCCGGCAACAACUGGCCCUUGCGUGGCUCCAAGGAAUACAUGUGGGAAGGAGGAAUGCGGGUACCCGCGUUAUUAUGGUACGGACGACUGAACAGCUCUGAGCCACGACGACCGUCGCAGCAGCUGAUACACAUCGUCGACUGGGGGCCUACCCUCUACGCGGCAGCAGGCGGGAAUGUCUCGGACCUCGGUGACGUAGACGGAAAGAACCUCUGGGAGGCAUUGACCACGUUCAAGGACAUCGGACGCGAAGACGUCAUUCUGGAGAUCGAAGGUCGGAACCAGGCGGCGGCUAUAAUAUCCGGCAGGUACAAGCUGGUAAACCGGUCCGAGGAACCUUGUGAACCGUAUCUCAGCAGUCGAGUGCCCCCGCCAGAAGGGGAGCCUCCCAAAAGUCUCGAUCUGGACGCCCUUAUGGAGACAUCCGAGGCAUGGAAAGCACUGCAGGAAGCGACCGUCCACUCGGACCCGCGCUUCUGGUCUGAGUCUAGACCCAACUGGCGCCAACAGGCAAUUAUUGCGUGCAGCGCCAACGGCGAGCCGGCGGUCAAUUUUGAUCCGUGUGACACCGUAUUUGUCUUCGACAUCUUCAACGACCCGUGCGAGCUCAACAACCUGGCGUCGUCCCAGCCAGAGAACGAUUUGGCAUCCUCCACUAAAGGUUAUGGCUACGGUGGAGCUGGGAGCAUAGGUACACCAGGUCGGGACACCCAGGGAGGCUUGACCGGCAUCUUCACCAUCAGAGCCUUGUGA